AUGAAGAUUGAAGGGAAAAUAGUGAAUGAAGUUGUGCUGAAAGAAGAAAUAGGGAUUGGAAAUAUUUCCUCGCAGAUGCUAAAGAAGAUUCUGCAGCGAGGAGUUGAGUUUAACCUGUUUGUGGCAGCUGAAAGAGGAAUAGGAGCAAAAACCCUUAUUUCUUCGAUUUACAAUAUAUCCACAUGGCCAUCCAAGGUGUGUGCACACACUCCAGAUCUUGCAGAGUACUUAGUUCCCUUGCAGCUUAACAAGAUUACCUUAAAACUGACAAUUUUCAUAUACCGCGGAAAGGACCCGGAAUUUGUAAAAACAUUCCUUGGGGAGAGAAACUCAAUGUACAACAAAAAUAAUAUAGGACUGAGAAGGGAGCGAAAGGAAGAUCCAAGGAUACAUGCAUCACUCUUUCUUAUUUCUCCAUUUUCAUUUAAACAGGAAGAUAUAGAGGUUUUGCAUGUUUUGUCUGAGCUCACAAAUACAUUCCCAAUAAUUCCGAAGAGAGACAUAUUUACAUCGAAUGAGCUGGAAGCAUACAAAGAAAGGAUUCUUGCACAAAUAAGGCAGAACCAGAUCAAAGCAUCACAUCUAAUGCCAGAUGGCCUCCAAGUGUUGUCAGUUGUAGCUAGUACAUCCUUUGUGAACGUGGGAGGGGAGCUUGUUCGGGGAAGAGAGUACAGCUGGGGAAUAAUUAAUGCAGAUUGUUCUUCGGUCUCAGAUUUAAAUCUUCUUACACAGAUUUUGCUGACUGUUAAUCUGAUAGAUCUGAAGAACAGCACUGUUUUCUUCUACCAGCAGUGGAAGCAGGCACAGCCAGAGCCAGAUUCAUUCGAUAUAGAGGAGUCUGACAGGGACCUCAUAAAGGAAAUUGAGUGCAUAAUUUCAGGAAACCUCAAAGAAAAGAUUUCUUUGCUGGAAAAGCAGGAAAGAGAGAUAGACUAUAAAGUUAAGUCAUUAGAUUCCAAGUAA